CGACUCGCUCACCAGUCUGCAGUACCAAGGUGGCCAUAAGAAGAAGACCAAGUAUGUAUCGUCUUUCCAUUGCAGAAUCGAUAACAGCUCUUUGUUACAUAGGCGGAAAAACAUUAAAGAUAAACAAAUCAUCGAAAAUGACUGGGUGAGUGAUGCUUCGAUUCCCUAAAUGAGUGAUGGUGUUUAGCUAUUUAUAAGUCACGACUGCCUGCUGUAGGACACAGUAUCACAUACAAGGCAAAACCAGACAUCAAGACAUCAAAGACAACGCCGUUUUGCUACACUACUGGAUCAUAAGCUUAAGGCAAGAAGUGUCAACGAUGUCUUGUUCACUUAUGUUGGCCGUUCUUCUUGGGUUGAUAAGUGUCACAGCUGUGAGAGGUGAAACARCAAGCGCCAAACUCGAGCAGCAGUGGGAUUCAGGCUUCAAGAUGAACAUUCGAAUACAACUCCUGGAAAAAGUAACCGGAGGAUGGAAAAUGACUAUAAGAUUCACCCAACCAGCUCCAGGGCUCCAGAUAUGGAAAGCAAAGAUUGUAUUAGUGUCAAACGAUGCAAAGGUUUAUGAACUAAAGAGUAUGCCCUGGAAUUCUGACUUGGGAAAGUGCUCUAUUUUAAAAAUGGCGUUUCUAGCAAGUAAGUCGACAAAUGGAAAGCCAGCACCAGAUGCAUUUGUGGAGUUUCGAAGAAACACUCAUGUAGAGUUGAACGCAGCAGCAUGCUCAACGACAACAUCAGCACCAUCAACAACACCGACAACAACCACAGCACCCCCGACAACCACUACGCCAAUAACCAAGCUAACCAAGCCUACGACUAACGCUCCAACAACAUCCUCUCCAUCAAGUUCUUCACAACCAACAACACAUCAAACAACCAUGUCUCCAUCAACCACUGUCCAAAGGCAUACCACGACUUCAAUGCCAACGACAAGACCACUCACAAGCGUACCAACGACUUCCACUGCUACAACAUCACCAUCACCGUACAAUUACGACGAGGUUUUACAUGCAUCAAUAUUAUUCUAUGAGGCACAACGAUCUGGGAAACUCCCUGCAACAAAUAGAGUUCCAUGGAGAGGUGACUCCGCUCUUUCAGACCGUGGAAAUAAUGGAGAAGACUUGACUGGUGGAUGGUAUGACGCUGGAGACUUCGUCAAGUUUGGUUUCCCUAUGGCGUCUAGUGUAACUGUAUUAGCAUGGGGACUCGUGGAGUACAGAAAUGCCUACAAAGCUGCCGGAGAAUUGGAUAAUGCGUUGGACUCUAUAAAGUGGGCAACUGAUUACUUUAUCAAGGCUCAUACUGCAAAGUUUGAAUUCUAUGGACAGGUUGGGGACGCAGAUGUAGAUCAUGCUUACUGGGGYCGUCCYGAAGACAUGACCAUGAAGCGUCCUGGAUUCAAGAUCACCCGAAGCAAACCWGGCUCAGAACUAGCAGCAGAAACAGCCGCUGCUCUCGCCGCAACAUCUAUUGCCUUUGCGCAAACCAACCAAGGCUAUGCUAGUACUUUGRUGAAGCAUGCUGRGGAAYUGUACGAGUUUGCUGACAAAUACAGAGGAAAAUACAGCGAUUCUAUYACAAAUGCUGCAACCUUYUACAAGUCGCACAGUGGGUUCAACGAUGAGCURGUGUGGGGAGCCGCCUGGUUGUACAAAGCUACCAAGAAGCAAGCAUAUCUUGAAAAAGCUGAACGAUACUACACCCAAUAUGGCAUGAACAGUAAGCCUUGGGCUUUUUCAUGGGAUGACAAGAAGGCUGGAGCACAAGUAUURYUGGCAGAGAUAACAGGCAAGGCAACCUAUAMGAAARACGCYCAGACAUWCCUAGACAGUUGGUUACCAGGWGGAGACGUUCAMUAUACACCCAAARGGCUUGCAUGGCGAGCGCAGUGGGGUCCCAACCGCUACUCUGCAAACACAGSAUUUCUAGCRCUAGUCGCUGCUAAGCUGGGGUUGAAACCGCAGACCUACCGCGACUUUGCAAGAAAGCAGAUCCAUUACAUGCUUGGAGAUAGUGGACGCAGCUUUGUCGUUGGGUUUGGCGUUAACCCUCCACUUCGACCCCAUCAUGCUUCCAGUUCCUGUCCAUCCAAACCCGCAUCGUGUACCUGGAAUGACUUCAACAAUCCUGGCCCCAACCCACAAACCCUUACRGGCGCAUUAGUAGGUGGUCCUGAUAAGAACGAUCAGUAUGAAGAUAAGCGGUCCGACUACAUACAAAACGAGGUCACUACUGACUACAAUGCUGGAUUCCAGUCAGCCAUUGCAGGGCUGAAGGAUUUAGAAAUACUAGUAUGAACAUAGGAAUAUAGUAUCUUUCAUUAAUCAGGCUAGCAGUUUUAAUUUAGACUAGAUAACACUAGUGACGCACUGUGCACUUUCGGAAAAUUACAAUCGACAAGAAUGAAAACAUCAAACACUCGUCAAGCUCGCGAUUUUCAGAGGUAAAUUGAUGAAUGGUUUGCAUUCUUGGAUCUCAGAUUAAAGAGAAAGUUCAGUCUAUAGCAUAAUUUAGUCAGUUGAAAAAAUUGCUAUAAAAUAAAAAAAGUACCUCAAAAGUAA